AUGGCGAGCGGUCAUGUCUUUGUGAGCUCCUUGAAUGUUCUUGUUAUUUCUCUAUUGAUGCUCUGCACUGAAUGUUGUGCACAUGAAAACGUAACAGGGCAAGAAACGCUUGUAUGUGUGAGAAGUCUACAAGUGUGUGAUCUUAACGAGAAUAAAGAAAAUUUGGCUGGCCAUUCGAACGCUGGUAUGUGCCAUGUUGGAGACUGUGAACCGGAUUGUAUUAUCUCCUGCAGAGAUUCAUCGCAUGUGGAACAGGGAAUCGCUUUUUCUGCUGUGUCUGAUGUGGUUGUUGAGAUAAUAACUUUGAACUGUCCGAAAGAAACAGCGUUUUCAAGAUUAAGAAAUCUCGAGAUUUGUGUUUAUUUGUCUGGUUUUGGUUUCGUUCGCUUCAGUGAACGUUCUCUGAUUUGCAUACGUCUGCACACUUUUCCUCACUGGGAUUACACGCAUAAGCGCUAUUUGAGACGGAGGCUUAAUUAUUCAUCAAACAACGUAGCAACUUUUAAUCCAUCUAUUGUUUCAUUGAUUUUGCUUCGAUGUGGCGAUGUUGAAACACAACCGGGUCCUGUCAGAGAACAAACGUCUACAGAGUCUGGAUGUUAUUCUCGCAAAAACGAAAGGAAAAUAAAAGUUGGACAUUUAAAUGUACGAUCGUUAAAAAAUCGUAUACACCACACUCUUGUCAAGGAAACUGUGCUCUUACAUAAAUUCGACAUUUUUACGAUUUCUGAGUCUUGGCUGGAUAAUACUGUAUCGGAUACUGAACUUGAUAUUCUCGGCUAUGCCCUUUAUAGACAAGAUCGCCAAAUUUCUAAAGGCGGCGGUGUUUGUGUCUUUGUAAAGAACAACAUAAAAGUAUCACUGUUACCUGACAUCUCGGCCAUUAAUAAUGGAUUUCAACAACUUUGGUUACAGGUGCAAUUAAACAAAUGCAAAUCGCUGGUUUUGUGUGUUGCAUAUAGGCCACCAAACUCGCUUCCAUCUCUGCUUACUGAUUAUUUUAUGCCUAAUGUAAUCUUAGCAAUGUCCAAAUGCAAAGAUUUGAUUGUCCUGGGUGAUCUAAACUGCGACAUGUUACAGGAAUCCAAACGCGAAUCGCGUGUAUUACUUGAAGUUUGCUCAAAUCUAAACUUGCAUCAGAUCAUAACUGUGCCUACACGGAUAACUGACAACACGCAGACGUUGAUAGAUGUAAUUAUUACUUCAAACCGAAACUUAAUAUCGUCUAGCGAUGUGUUGCUCUCAUCCAUUAGUGACCACAGUUUACCAUAUGCUGUACUAAACUUGAAGAGUCCCAGGUGUAAACCUACCUAUGUGACAGUACGCAGUUUUAAAACCUACUCCAAGGAAUUGUUCGUGAAUGAUCUCUCACUUGUACCAUGGCACAUAGUUGAUACUUUCGACGAUGUAAAUGACAAACUUGACGUUUUUAACAAAUUGUUCAUGGAUAUGUUGGACGUUCAUGCUCCUGUUAAGCGUAUUAAAUUAAAAUCAAGACCUAACCCGUUUGUAACAUCUGAAAUUCGGGCCCUAAUGAAAACUAGGGAUACGUGGCAUCGGAAAGCGGUAAGGUCCAAUGAUAACCGUGAUUGGAAUGGUUACAGAUUCUUCAGGCAGGAAGUGAAGAAAGAAUUAAGAGCUGCAGAGAAAGAAUAUGUACGUAGCGAGUUGACUUUAAAUUCGGGAAACUCGAGAUCAUUAUGGAAAACAAUUAACAAAUGUUUACCUCGUAAAUCAUGUUCUUCUACACACGAGUUAAACUCUGUAAAGUUGGCGAACACAUUUAACGAAUAUUUUACCUCCCUUGGAAGUUCCAUUGCUGCUGAAACUUGUGGGAUUGCGACCGAUUUUAACUUGGAAGCAACUUGUCCACAACGCUCUACAACCCCUCCGGAAACGCAGUUUUGUUUUCGUGAAGUCUCCGAAACAGAAGUCGCAAAUGUG